GAAAAACGCAAGGUACGUGUCGCGCAACGACGAUCCACGCCCACGCAAAAAUUCUCACCUAAAGGAAAACGAUCUACGCUGGGUACUUUUCAAGCUUGGUCUCGCGCGAGCGUUUCAAACGUUUCGAGUGUUUCACCGUCAGAGGACUCUGUCCUUCUUACCUGUCACCUGAAUUUUUACCUGUGGCUCCUCCGCUUUUGACCAAUCGGACGUUCGACCCUGGGCCCUGCCGUCCCCCACUCCUCGACCUACUGCAGCCGUCCCCGAGCACGAAGCCUAUACGUAGUUCAGAAAUUCCUGCACCGCAAGCGCGAAACGAUCAUCCAUUAUAGCGUUCCCACGCUUCUCUUCUUCGAUCGCGAUCCGUGUAAAGUGUGAAUCUUCUGGGGAAAAAAGAGGAAUCGUUCGGGCGGAUCGAGAAAGAAGGAUACGAAACAAAAUGAAAAUUCCGGCAGCUGUGCUGCUGACCGUUCUGUGCUUGUUCUUGUCGACAACAAGAACGAGUGCAGCUUUGGCAUCAAACUCGAAUCUGCCUAAUCAACUCCUUCGGGAAGAUAGUUUUGCGCCGAGUGAAUUGUACAAAGUUAAAUAUGACACUUCCACAGCCUUUCCGGAUGGAAAGGUCCAGAAAAUCAUACCGUCGGAAUACGUGAAAUCGUUCGAAGAUCCAAAGAAAGUACUGCUUCAGGAGAUUCACACUUUGGACGAGGAUGCAAAUGAUCGUCGAGUUAACGUUACCGUCCUUCCAAACGCUCAGGUAAAGCCGAAGAAAGCGACAUCGCCGCUGACAAAAGCUGUCGACGCGAGUGCGAAGGAGAAAAUAAACGAUAAAAAGGUAUUGGAAGCCGAAGACAUGGAAUACGUUGGAAAUUACAAUGGUCAGAGUCCCCACGACAAGAGCGACAAAAUUGACGAAGGCGAGAACGCGGACAGCGAAUACAUCGACGAUUACAAUGAAGACGAUGAUAUCGACGAUGAUCUCGAGGAAGACGACGACGACGACGACGACGAUGACGAUGAUGUCAUGACUCAUUGUCCCGAUUAUUGCAAAUGCGUCGGACAGUACGUCGCUGCAGUAACCGCAACGUGCACCAAACUCGUGGAACAACAAUCUUUUGGCCCUAGCAUAGCCAGUCUGCGAUUCGAGAACACCGGAGAGAUUCGUCUUGGUCCGCACGCAUUAAAAUCCCGUGGAUUGCAACAGCUGGAGAAUAUAAAGAUCACGGACACUCGUAUCGUCGAUCUCGAUCGUACGGCCUUCGACGGUAUCUCGUUCCUCUUCGCCGUCAAUCUGACACGGAACGCGCUUCAGGACAUUCAUCCCCAUACCUUUCAGAAUAAUUCGCAACUGAGUCUAUUGACCAUUUCCGGAAAUCCCUUGAAACACAGUCAAUAUUUCAAAGGGACGAAACAUUAUCUUUUCGACGCACCUACCGUCACCGAGCUCGUCUUUUCUAACAACGGUGUACCUAAAUUGCCACGUACGGCUUUUCAAAAGAUGCAGAGCCUAGCCUAUAUCAAUCUGAGUGGAAACAGACUGAAGGAAAUCGAAAAGACCCUCUUUGAUCCGUUGAACGCCUUGCUCGACUUGAAUUUGUCCAAUAACUUGUUGAACGAGAUCCCUGUCGAGCUCUUCGAUAACAAUGGCUUGGAGACCCUUCGUGUCUCUGGAAACAAUUUAUCGACUCUAGCUAUCAUAAGAGCUUCCAAAUUGACAACGUUGGAGGCAGCCAGAAACAAAAUUAAGGUUAUAGCGAAAGACGAUUUAUCGGGUGUGCCGCUUUUGGAUCAACUCGUUGUUAGCUCGAAUGGAAUGAAACGAAUACAUCAACACGCGUUCAUGAAUCUCGACCAGCUGACGUAUCUCGAUGUCAGCGAUAACAAAUUGACCUCUUGGACCGAACAUCAUCUCAGGACUAAUCCGAGAUUGCAGAUCUUGUUAAUGAACAAUAAUCCUGAUUUAGGAAGCUUGCCUGUUUUCAAAACUACUGGUCUUGAAUACGACACAUACAGCACUUAUCGUUUGGAAUGCUCGAAUUGUGGUUUGGAACGAUUGGAGCCUCAAACAUUCGACGAGAUGCCAGCUUUAACCAAACUGAAUUUAUCCAAAAAUCGUCUUACCGGUUUACCUAACGGUCUUUUCAAGUUACUGACUUCUCUUCGAGAGCUGGAUCUCUCAGAGAACCUCGUAGAAACUUUAGAUGCAAAUAUGUUCCGUGGUGCUAUAUCCUUGAUCAAAAUUAACCUCUCUGGUAAUCCCUUAGUGACUUUGCAAGUUACUCCAUUUUUGCUGACGCCUUCGCUUAACAAGCUCGAUGUGAGCAGAUGCGAGUUGGAAAGAGUCUGGAGCGAGGCUAGAGUUCCAUUGGAGAGCCUUAGAUUCUUAUCGGUUCGUGGUAAUUUACUGCGACGAAUCACUUUGGAAGAACUGAAGGCCAUGCCGAAACUUUCAGCCUUGGAUUUGUCACAUAAUCCCUUGGACUGCGACGAGGACUUCAAUAUGGCCGUUCAAUGGUUGACCGAUCACGGUAUUACACCCACCGAGAUACGCACGCACAGCAUUUAUGGCGAUAACAUGGAUUACUCUGACUCGGAAGGCAUCACGCAGUGGAGGGAUCUAGCGAAAAUCGUUUGCGACGGUGUCGAGGAUGGACCACCAUCUAGAACCAUACCUACCCCUAUAAAGUCAAAAGUCAUUUUCCCGAGAUUACUCGAUGACGCAGAGAACACGAAUUCUCUUCUAAGCGGAGAUCUCGAAGACAACGAGGAUCUAAAAGCAUUCGAUCAUUUCACACAAUCGGACGAUGCCGAUAGAGCAUGGGAAGAAAAUCAAUAUACGGAAUAUGGAGAUUAUGUGAUCGAAUCAUCAAGUUAUCGACCUUGGUACAGCAAUGCACUUUGGCCUAUACUAACUGUCAUCGUGGUGACGUUAGUAAUUCUUUUGUUGAUCACUCACGUGGCUAUCACUGUGGCGAAGCGUCGUGGUCGUAGUCCCGUCAUCAGACCACCGAUGAUUCUUCGUCAAGGUCUCGUCGAUAACAAAAAUUGUGGUUUGGUUUACAAGCCUCUUCAAGAAGAAAUUGCAACUCCCCAUAUGCCUAAAAGGGGUAGUUUUUACUCAAGCAGUACCUUCCAUUACGAUAAGAUCGUACCCGAGAGCGUGUAAACUUAUUAAUAUUCGUUUAAAUAAAAGGACUAAUUGAAAUUUAAUUGAUAAAUCGAUAAAUGUGAAAUAAUCCAAUCGAUAGGAUGAACAUGAAAAAAGGUGGUAUGUUUUUAUGAAUUUAUUAGCGUUUUUAUUAGAAAUUAUAAGUGUUCCACUGAUCGAAUUAUUCCGUCGUUCGUCGGAGAAAAUAAAAAUGAAAAUGUUCUCGCGAUACCACGAAGAAUCGCGAACUUUUUUAGUGCCUUCAAGCAUUUGUGCUUCCAAAAUUUUUAUUAUCGAAUAAUUACAUAAGAGAAGAAAUCGAUCAAUCGUAUGAUUGAGCAUCAUUGAACAUCCGUUUCCUUAUGAGACAGACGACGCUUUGCCUUUUAAGAAUACAAAGGCAAUCGAAUAAAUCGAUGGGAUAAAUGCAAGUACAAGAAAUGUUUGGGAAGACGGUGUCCAUGAAUAAUUAAUUAUACAUGUACAUUUAAUUAAUAGCGCGUACUAGUUAUCUGCGAUAUGGCCAAUGUAUCAUAAGAGAAUGUAAGAGGAAAAAUUAGAAUGCAAGCUCGAGUUCGAAACGCGGCUAUAGUAACAUAUGCAAAUUGUAUGUUUUUCAAAGCCCGCAAAUUUUUAAUCACUUUAACAGAAACUAUUUUACAAGUCAGGAAAGAAGAACAGCUCUAUCGUAAUACGAUAUUAAAACUAACAUCUUAUACAACAAAUGAGUACUUUAUGUGCGCUACUAUAUUCUGUAAAUAAUAUAUAACGUUUUAAUAAAAACUGAAAUAAGUUAAAAAAUAA